UUUGUCGUCUGUGGAAACAACCAACGAAGAAGACAACCUGCCAGCAGAAGAAGACGCGGAGCGGAACGCCUCGGCGGUGGAAUAAAGGCGACGUGGAACGAUGGAGGAAUAUAGUUCUGGCGAUGAGUCACUCUUCAAUCCAGAUGACGUCAGCAACUCAGUCAAAGAGUGCAUAGAAGGCAUCAUCGGCGGUUCUGAUUACAACCAGACCAAAGUCAACCAGUGGACUGGCAAGAUAGUGGAGCAGUCUCUUACCUACCUGGUUAAACAAGGACGACCGUUCAAGUAUAUCGUUAACUGCAUCAUCAUGCAAAAAAGUGGCGCUGGUCUCCACACAGCCAACUCCUGCUACUGGGACACCACGACCGACGGAAGCUGCACCGUGCGAUGGGAGAACCGCACCAUGAACUGUGUGGUCAGUGUUUUCGCUGUGGCCCUGUGACAUGUCCCGGCAUCACCGGGCUCCAUCAUGCGCCAACGUUAUCAGCAACCCUGGAAUGUCUACACAAGUCCAUGAUGCUGAAUUCUUGACUCCCAGGCGUCUUCAAAGACAACAUGGUUCACUGCAUACCAAAUGACAAACUGAUCAUUUGUGUUUUCAAAUGUACCUUUUAGCCACUACAGACACACUUGAGGCCUCUGAGCUGCUGAAGGAACAGAUGCUAGAAAGACCUUACUUGAGGUCAAGAAAGGAUAGUGACCUUUAUCAAUGGAGACAGAUUAAACAGUUUUGGAUCUUG